GCAGUGAACAUCAGUAUGAAGAAGAAUAUGUAUUGCUUGAUCUUGGUUCAGUUUCCUCCCAGCUUCAGAUACCAGCAAACGCACCAUAUGUUCUUUCUGGUUUAGACACAAUGCAUCCGGUACUGAUUAUAAAUGACAAAUUGAAGUUGGUGAGUUUAUAGCCUACAAAAUCCUUUAUUAACUGUUAAUUUGAGAGGCUUGUAGUCUAUGCUGGGAUGAAUACAUAUCGUCAUAUUUACCCGAGCCAGAUCAUAUCAUCCCCAUCCGUUACUACCCAAAUUGUAAAUUUCUUUGAUCACCUUCUCCGGCAAUGUACUCUACCUGAACACUGUAAACAAGUUCACACUCAAAUUGUUACGACAGGCGGGUGUCAAUCAGCGUUCUUGGCAGCCCGACUCAUUAAUGUUUAUGCACGUCUUGGGCUAGUUUUUGAUGCCCAGAAAGUCUUUGACUCCACCCAGUUUCAAGGUACAUCCAACAUGCUCUUGUGGAAUGCAGUUCUUAGAGCGAAUGUGUCUCAUGGAUUUUAUGAAAAAGCACUUAAAAUAUAUGAUAAAAUGCGAAGACUUGGAGUUUGGGCUGAUGGGUUUACUCUUCCCCUGGUUAUUAGGGCCUGUGCAUUUAUGGGUAGAUUUAGGCUAUGCAAGAAUGUGCAUAGUCAUGUUUUACAAAUGGGUUUUCAAAAUCAUCUCCAUGUUGUCAAUGAGUUGAUGGGAAUGUAUGGGAAACUUGGUAACAUGGACUAUGCCUGCCAACUGUUUGAUAAAAUGAGCGUGAGAAGCUAUGUUUCUUGGAAUACUCUGGUUUCUAGCUAUGCCUUUAACUAUGAUUGUGAUGGUGCAUCUGAGAUUUUUAAUAGGAUGGAGUUAGAUGGGUUGGAGCCAAACCCUGUGACUUGGACAUCAUUAUUGUCAAGUCAUGCUCGUUGUGGCCGCGGUGAGAAGACCAUGGAGUUAUUUGGUAUGAUGAGGGUUAGAGGAAUUGAGACAACUGCUGAAGCGCUUGCUGUGGUGUUAUCUGUAUGUGCUGAUGUGGCUGUGGUUGACAAGGGUAAGAAGAUUCAUGGAUAUGUUGUUAGAGGUGGUUUCGAAGAGUACUUGUUUGUGAAAAAUGCACUAAUAUGCAUGUAUGGAAAAUGUGGAGAUGUAGAAAAUGCAUACAAGUUAUUUUUGGUGAUGCAAAGCAAAAACCUAGUGAGUUGGAAUGCUUUGAUCUCAUCAUAUGCUGAAUCUGGUUUGUGUGAUGAGGCUUUUGCAAUAUUUUCCCAGCUAGAUGCUCAUCCAGUUAUGACACCUAAUAUCAUAAGUUGGAGUGCUGUUAUUCAAGGGUUCUCGUCCACUGGACAAGGAGAGAAGUCUCUGGAACUCUUUCGGCAGAUGCAGAGAGCAGGAGUACUGCCCAAUUGUGUCACUAUAUCCAGCGUAUUAUCUGUUUGUGCAGAAUUAGCAGCAAUUAAUCUUGGCAGGGAAAUUCAUGGUCAUGUGGUAAGGGCUUUGAUGGAUAGCAACAUUUUGGUCGGAAAUGGCUUGAUCAAUAUGUACACAAAAUGUGGAAGUUUUGAGGAAGGGCAUAGAGUAUUUGAGAAUAUUGACAGUAAGGACUUGAUUUCGUGGAACACAAUGAUUGCUGGUUAUGGGAUGCAUGGACUCGGUGAGAAUGCUCUAAGAAUUUUUCAUAGGAUGGUCAAGACGGGAUUCAAGCCAGACAAUGUAACAUUCAUCGCUGUUCUUUCUGCUUGUAGUCAUGGUGGGCUAGUUACCGAGGGUCGCCUCCUUUUUGACCAAAUGAUUGGAGUUUAUGGUGUAAAACCCCAAAUGGAGCACUAUGCAUGCAUGGUUGACCUUCUUGGCCGUGCGGGGUUAUUGCAAGAAGGAAGCAACAUUGUGAAAAACAUGCCAAUGAAACCCAAUGCUUGUGUCUGGAGCGCUCUUCUCAACUCUUGUAGGAUGCACAAAAAUACAGAUAUUGCAGAAGAAACUGCCACCCAUAUAUUCAAUAUGAACUCGGAAAUGGCCGGGAGCUACAUGUUGAUGUCAAAUAUUUAUGCUGCUAGCGGGAGAUGGGAGGACUCGGCAAAAGUGAGGAUCUCAGCGAAGGCAAAGGGUUUAAGGAAAAUCCGGGGGCAAAGCUGGAUUCAGGUUAAGAAUAAGGUUUUUAUAUUCUCAGCAGGGAAUACCAUGCAAGCAGGCGUGGAGUUAAUUCAUGGUAUCCUUUAUGGCUUGGUACUUCAAAUGGAAAGUGAGGGAUAUGUACCUAAUAAGGAAGUCAUUCAAGAGAAUAUUGACAAAGAACUGGAUUGAAGGUUGAGUGACUGGCUAGACAUGAUUGGUUGAUCUUGGUUCAGUUUCCUUGAACGUAUCCUAUAUGAUGAAUCGGAUUGCAUGGAAUCAGGUCAUGUUAGUUUAUAUCCAAACAUUUACAAAUAGCUAUGGGAUGCUAAAUAUAUGUAAUUCAUGACAGCACUUGUCUGGUAAAACGUAGUUCAUGAUCUGGUGUCUAUUGCUUUAUAUAAACCAUGAGCCGAUGCAUGUUUAUGAUUUAUUCUUACAGUAAACAUUCGUGACAGUUGGAUAGUAGUAUUGUAUACCAAUACACACUUCGGUCUUCCUCGUUUGAGCCCUGUGAUCUGUUUCAUUCAGUGUUAUUGGUAAUUACUGAAUGGCUUGAAGGUUGAUGCUGUGGUCUGACGUGAUUUUGUUUGUCUAAUUGUUGUCUGCUCACAGACUGGAAAAUGGGACGAAACUAUUGGAACCUGCCUUAUUUUCAAAGAAGGUGCUAGUUCUGUAAUUCAUGAAGAAACAGGAUUGUCGGCAAAUGCAUAGUAGAUCAAAACCAAUAUCUGUCACUUGGCUGUGCUUAUAGGAGAUUAAAAUUUGGAUUGGCACCAGAUUGUGACUCUCAUAGUGCUGUAUCUGUGGAGGCUGAGAAAGUUUGUUGAAGUUUUUGCAAGCACUCUCAAGAUCCUGAUGGUGUGAGUUAUAAAUCAAGAUAUUGCUGUUUUUUGGAAGAGAAGAUAUUGCUGUUAGCUCAUGUAUAAUUGUUGAUGUUAACUCAUUUACUUCAUUGCCAUAGUAAAGAGGCGUUCUAAAAUUACUCUUUAUUUCAAGGUACCGAAAAACCAAGGUUCUAUUUUCUUUGAAGUAAUAUAGUAAAGAUCGGUAGAAUUGGGUUUAAGUUCUCACUAUUUAUUGUCAUUUGGACAUGUAGAAAAUUAUGUGCGUCGCAGUUUGGGAGUCUGAGAUGAGAUGUAGGACUAGGAAAGGAUUUCAAACUUCAUGUCGCCAAGAUUUUGCUUCAAUCUAGCUCAAAGACCUUGGAGCUUGAUAGAAAUCCAAUCCAUUUAGAAGAUUAGCAACAAUGAUUCCUCCUCAUCUUGUUUAAGUUUCACUGCAAGGUUUGUUGUCAUUCUGUUUGAAUUUGUCUCUGGCUAUCACGACCGCCUCAAUCAGUUGCAUGUUAUUGAUUAGUCCUGUGUUCACUUGAGUUUUUGCUUCUUCUUAUCCGUAGUGAUAUGUAUGUCAACAGCAUCAUCUGGAGGCUCUGAGAUAUAUCGCCAAGGACGAAACUCAUGAAUGCACUCUGCAUAUCUCUUCGUUCCGGGUUUCCUAUAAAAAAAAGCCUAGGACAUGUUCUUGUAGUAUAUGGCUGUAAGUUAUAUACUUGUGCUUGUUAAACAAUUUAUAUACUAGUUACAAGAAAACUCACUUUCUAAUUGGUUCCGGGAACAAAUAAGAGUAGAGAGGUGGUCUUGAAUCUUCAUAUGCUCUCUUGUCUGCAAUUUGUUCAGGAUCCUCUGCCAGAUUUGGUGGUCCUCCUAGAAACAUCUAUAAGCAAAACCCAAUUAUUUACUAUGGAUGGUGACCGGUUUUCUUUAGGGUCACCGCUAGCAAGUUCCUUGGGUACAUUCUCGCUAGCAACUGAGGCCAACCCUGACAAGAUACAUGCAGUCAUAAGCAUGAAAUCUCUUGAGAAGAAAGUUGACUUGCAAAGCUUGCAAGGAAAGUUAACGGCACUUUCUCGAUUCAUCGCUAGACUCACAGACAAAUGCUUACCAUUCUUCAAAACAAUGAAGCGGUCACAUUGUAGGGUGGUAGAUUGGAAUCCUGAUUGUGAGGCAGCACUCCAAGUCUCCAAGGUCCCAAGGAGUGCAAAGAUCAGACUUCAUCAAAACCCAGCUUUCAAGCCCAAGUGAAGACAGAUAACCAAGGAGUGUUCAAAGUCCAAUUGCCUUUCUCAGUGAGCAAGCAUGUGAAGAAAAUGGCAGCACGAGCCCCUGAGAGCUUGUUUGAUAAUAGUACAAGAAAAUGUGGGUACUUAACAUUUUUGAAGGAAGAUACUGUUCCUUCAGAUUCAGGAUAAUUUCUUUCCUACAUUUCAGAGCCAUGUAAUAUUUGAAAUUUAGCAAACAAUUUUGAUAUUCCCUUCA